CGGUUGAAGAGAACCCCAUGUUCCCUCUCUCCGCCUCUCGUUCAUGAACCCUAGUCCUGCCCGCGAGAUCUCAUCGCUCGGGUCCCCGGACCCGAACCUUCUUCCUUGUUCCAUUGAGAUCUGAAUCGAGGGCGGGAGGGUCCUGAAUCUUCUCGUCCACGAUCGGCGGUGGCCGCCGAGAUCCCGUCGUGGCAAUGCAGGCCCAGGGGAGUGCUGCCCCCCGGCCGGAGGCGAUCCUGGAGUGGCUCCAGAAGGAGAUGGGCUACCCUUCGCCGCCGCCGUCCCCCGACCAGCUUCGCAAGAUCUGCCGCGGGAACAUGUUGCCCGUGUGGAGCUUCCUCCUGCAGAGGGUGCGGUCGGAGCGGACGGUGGCGACGGUCCGGAGGAAUAUGAUGGUCCACGGAGUGGCGGCGGGGGAAGCGGGGAGGGGUAGGCGGAGGGAGGAGGAGAAGGGGCGGGCGGCGUUUAAGGAUGGUUCCUCCGCGGAGGCUAGGGAGGUCGCUGUUCGGGAGAGGGAAUUAGCCGAGGAGGAGGCUGAUAGAUUGAGGAACGUGGUCAGGCGGCAGCGGAAGGAGUUGAAGGCUCGGAUGGUCGAGGUCGCUCGGGAGGAAUCGGAGCGGAAGAGAAUGCUCGAUGAGAGGUCGAAUGCAAGGCACAAGCAGGUGAUUUUGGAGGCAUAUGAUCAACAAUGUGAUGAGGCAGCAAAGAUAUUUGCCGAGUACCAAAGACGAAUUCAUCAGUAUGUUGAUCAAGCAAGGGACAUCCGCAGGUUGAUAACUGGUAGUGCUAAUGAUGUAGUUGAUGAUCUCCAUGCUCCUGGUGAGAAAGCUGUUUAUUCAGCUAUAAAGGGCCUCAGAUCAUCAGAUGAUAGUGUUCUCAUUGAAAUGUCAAGAGAGAAAAAUACUCGGAAGGCUUGUGAAACUCUUGCUGCUCAUAUGACUGAAAAGAUCCGAACUACUUUUCCAGCAUUUGAAGGAAGUGGUAUCAGCAUGAAUUCCCAGAUAGAUGCUGCCAAAUUAAGCCUUGAUUUAGACGGCGAGAUACCAGAAGAUAUUAAAGUAAUCAUAAGGGAUGCACUUAAAAAUCCUCCCCUUCUGCUUCAGUCAAUUACUACAUAUGCUUUGCGGAGCAGUGCACUCAUUCAUAGAGAAACCGAGAAGAUUGAAAUUAGAGCUGUUGCAGAAUCCUUGAGAUACAAGUAUGAGAAUGACAAAGUAUCAGAUGCUGCUUCUCCUGAUUCAGGCUCACCCUUUCCAUAUCAAGCAUAUGGUAAUGGUAAGACCGGAACUGAAUUAUCCAGCAAUGGAAAUUAUGAUCAACUUCUUGAAAGACAGAAAGCACAUGUACAACAAUUUGUGGCCACUGAAGAUGCAUUGAACAAGGCUGCAGAAGCUAAAGCCUUAUCUCAUAAGCUUCUAAUACGAUUACCUGGGAGCAGUGAUGUGGGUGCAUUACAGAUGCUUCCUACUGGAGAUACCUCACAGAAUGUAGCAAGCACACGGCAUUUUGAGUUAGAAGUCUUAGCCAGAGAAAGAGAAGUUGCUGGACUUCGAGCAAGCUUGAGUACGUUGACGUCUGAGGUGCAACGUUUAAACAAGUUGUGUGCAGAGUGGAAAGAAGCAGAAGUUUCUUUGAAGAAGAAAUGGAAAAAAAUAGAAGGGUUUGACACCCGUAGAUCAGAGCUAGAGACAAUUUAUACUGCUCUUCUCAGGGCUAACUUGGAAGCAUCAGCAUUCUGGGAACAACAACCAUUGGCUGCUCGAGAACAUGCAGCAAGGACAAUUAUUCCAGCAUGCACUACUGUAGUGAACAUUUCAAACAGUGCGAAGGAUCUCAUAGAGAGAGAGUUGUCUUGCUUCUAUCAAAGUUUGGACAAUACCAUCUACAUGCUUCCUGCAACCCCACAGGCUCUUGUGGAGUGCUUCAGUGCCCCUGGUGCAAUAGGUCCAGAAGCACUUGCAGUUGCAGAAAAAAAUGCUGCUAUGUUAACAGCAAGAGCUGGUGCUAGAGAUCCAUCUGCAAUUCCAUCCAUAUGUCGUGUCUCUGCUGCUCUCCAGUAUCGUUCUGGUGUGGAAAAUUUAGAUGCUGGCUUAGCAUCUGUUUUGGAGUCAUUGGAGUUCUGUCUAAAGCUCCGGGGUUCUGAAGCUAGCAUAUUGGAGGAUCUGUCCAAGGCAAUUAAUUUGGUUCAUACUAGGCGGAACCUCGUUGAGAAUGAUCGCAUUUUACUAAAUCAUGCGCAUCGUGUGCAACGAGAUUAUGAAAGGAUGGCUAAUUAUUGCUUAAAGUUGGCUGGUGAACACGAAAAAAUUGUUGCAGAGAGAUGGUUGUCGGAACUCAGAAAAGCUGUCUUGGAUGGACAAAGAUGCUUGGAUAGUUGCCAACAUGUCAGAGGCUUGGUCGACGAAUGGUGGGAACAACCAGCAGCAACAGCUGUUGACUGGGUUACCAUUGACGGGCAGAACAUCGGUGCUUGGCUCAACUUGGUAAAGCAGCUUCAGAUGGCGUUAUAUGACCAUAAGCUCUUGUGAAAUUAGAACCUGGAUUGGAUCAGACUAAGUUGUCAUGAACACGCAACCUGUUCUUGUGUUUGGAUCGACCUCCAGGCAUUCCUGGCAUAAGUUCAUAUGACUCUGUGCUUGUUUUCUACAUUGGGACGCCUCAGGCCCUUGGUGAUAUGUUUGAAGGACACUUCUGAUUGAUGAUGUAUUGGUCUAACUGUACGAUGUGUUAUAAUUUUUAUUUCCAAUUAGAACACGAGUGAGUGAUUUGCAAUGCGUUGCUGCCCUUUGUAAUAUUUUCUUGUAUA